AUGGGUAAUGCACCAGCUAAAGAGACAAGAUCUGCAUCGAGCUCCUUUUCCAAGGAUAACUUGUCAACGUCCAGGUCUUUGGUUGGGCUUUCAAAGAAGAAGAAGGAAAAAGACAGAGAAAAGCGUAGACUAAAAGAGGAACACAUGCUUGAUCUUAUUGUUCGCUACCAAGAGAAUGUCGAUGGUGGGUUUUUGGCCCCUUAUGGAAAUUACAAAGGAGGCUUAAAUUAUAAGACUUCAAUAGUUCGAGAACUAAUCACAAACAGAAGGCUUUCACCAUUUUAUACACCGCUACAGGACUACGAUGAAAAUUGGACGGAUGAUGAGUUAUUAAAGGCUCUUCGGUCUUUGCCAUUACAUGCCCCGGUUGAAAAUAUAGACCCAGAAGAAGAAGAAGAUCCAGACGACCACAAGAUUCAUCAGAGUGCAGGUUCAAUACGAAGAAAGGAACAAAAAGCCUUCAAAAGGAGUUUAGCCGAAACAGCUGUCAAAUUGCAGCUUGAGGCAGAAACUCGCUAUAACAGGGAUAAGUCAACUAGCGAGAUGGGAAUAAAAACUUUCCCAAAUAUUCCCUCUGAUGAUUUGCUCCUUGCUCUUUAUCGUGGUGCAAUUGAGUGUCCAAUAUGCUUCCUUUAUUAUCCGACUAAUCUGAAUCUAUCUAGAUGCUGUGUGCAACCAAUAUGCACAGAAUGUUUCGUUCAACUCAAGCGUCUUGAUCCUCACCCGCCUCAUGAUGAAGGUGAUACUCCAAAUGUAACUGAUAAUCAAGAAACCAGCAGUGAAGAACUCAUAAGUGAACCUGUGAACUGUCCAUUUUGUGCAAUGGCAGACUUCGGUGUUACCUAUCAUGCGCCAAAUAUCUGGACAGGUAUCGGAGGCAGACCACCAAGAGACUUCCAGUUUUCCACACCUGUCAUCCAAGAAGAUCCGGGAUUCCCUGAUACUCACCCGAUUUCUGAUUCUGCCAGACGUACAUCACUAAGCUACGUUAUGACCAAGUCGCAUUCAGCUUCUGGUACAUCACCCAAAAAAUCAACUAUAUUAUCUGACGCAUCUGGGGUCGUUCCUAACUCUGAUGACUCAACUUCGUUCAAUGUAAACCGAAGCGAACCAGACUCAAACCCCAAAAAUUAUUUAUCCGCUGCUCCAGCUAGACAAAGGCGAGGUUCCCUUCCCGCUACUGCCCCUGGUGUUAUUACCGUUGAUUUUAUCCGCCCUGAUUGGGAGCAACGACUGUUGAAUGCAAAGUCCAAAUUGGCAAAGCGCUCUGCUGCCGCAACUGCACUCCAUGCAUCUUCUUUGAUUUACGAAAGGCGGAGGCCCUCCUCCGAACCACUGGAAAGGUAUGAUGGCGGUUCACAAAGAAGAAGUAGUUUAUUGAACAGAAACUCGCAUUCCGACCAUCUGCACAUUGAGGAGCGAAUGAUUGAAGAAGCAUUGAGAUUAUCCUUGCUAGAUGAGGAGGAAAGAAAAUUGAAAGAACGGCUCAAGAAACAUGGUGCGAAUGCAUGA